AUGGCCGCUGCGGCCGGGGACGGCGCCGCGAGGCCGCUGCAGGGCGCCAUGAAGCUGGCCAACGGGGCCAUCGAGCUGGACGCCGGCAGCCGGCCCGGGUGAGCAUAUACUGAAUACCUGAGGAGCAUCCACUACAUCUCCCAGGUGCUACUGGAAGAAGUGGAAACACCAAAGGAACCUGGGGAGGCUGUGCCCCCCGACACCUGGAAGAUGCUGAAGCUGGCGGAGCAGUGCCUGGAGAGGGCCCAGUCAACAGCUGCCAAGCUCGGGAAAACACACCUGAAGUCAGCCAUGCCCGUGGCAACGCCUGUCCCCACAACUACCAGCCGACACCGCAGGGUGUAUUCAGAUGAAGGGGGGAAGCUCUCUCCUUUUCUGCCGCCCGAAAUCUUCCAGAAGCUUCAGGUGGUGGAGUCACAAAGCUCUAAGAAGGAAUUGACACCCCUGGAGGAGGCCUCCGUUCAGAAUCAGAAGCUGAAGGCUGCCUAUGAGGCCCGGGUGGCACGUCUGGAUCCCAGCCAGGCCAUGCAGAAGACGUCCCUGACCCUGUCCCUGCAGCGGCAGAUGAUGGAGAACCUGGUGAUCGCUAAAGCCCGGGAGGAGACACUGCAGCGGAAGAUGGAGGAGCGCCGGCUGCGGCUCCAGGAGGCCGCCAACAGGAGGUUCUGCAGCCAGGUGGCCCUGACCCCGGAGGAGCGGGAGCAGCGCGCGCUGUACGCGGCCAUCCUCGAGUACGAGCAGGACCACGACUGGCCGAAGACCUGGAAGGCAAAACUCAAGAGGAGCCCAGGGGACCUGUCACUGGUGACCAGCCUGGUCUCCCACCUGCUCAGUGUGCCCGACCACCCGAUCGCUCAGCUCUUGCGGCGGCUGCAGUGCGCCGUGUACCGGGCGCUGUACCCCCUGGUGAGCAGCAGCUCCCCGCCUGCCUCGGCCCCAGGCAGCUGCUCCCUGCCCCCGGACACCGACGGGCUGCUGGCUCCUGGGAGCCGAAGACUCCGGCCCUCCCAGAGCCUCUACUGUAUGCUUGCCCCUCCUGAGCCCAGCCCGGGCCCACAGCCCCCCACGGAACUCCCAGCCAGUCCCCCAGCCAGCCCGUUCCAGCCCGGCCCCGCUGACUCCUCGCCUAGGCCGCCGGCCAAAGACAGCUCCUUUGAGGACCUGGAACAGUUCUUGGCGGCUUCCGACUUGUGGGGCCGGGGUCCUGAGGGGCACCCUGAGCCCCAGAUUUCAGGAGCAAAGAAGGAGCCGCUGCUGGAGCAGCUGAAGAGCACCGUGAGGGACAUCCACAAUGCCAUCGACAGGCUGCUCUCGCUGACACUCCUGGCCUUCGACGGCCUGAACACGGCCGCCUCCAAGGACCGCUGCCUAGCCGGCAUCGAGGAGCCCUUCUUCUCCCCGCUGUGGCCGCUGCUGCUGGCCCUCUACAGGAGCGUGCACCGCGGGCGGGAGGCCGCCCUCAGCAGGAGCAUGGAGCUCUGCCGGAACGCACCCCCCGCCCUGGGCAUCAGCACCAAGCUCCUGCCCCGGGACCGCAGUGCUGCAGCGGGCGCCUGCCCCUACCAUGCCGCCGUGCAGGAGCUGGGGCUGCUGGUUCUGGAGAGCUGCCCCCAGAAGAAGCUGGGGUGCAUCGUGCGGGCCCUGCGCGUCAUCUGCGCCUGCGCGGAGGAGUACUACCGGGCCCAGGGUGCCGCCCCAGAGCCGGGCCCCCAGCCCAGCGCUGCUGCCAUCGGUGCAGACGACCUGCUGCCCAUCCUGUCCUUCGUGGUGCUGAGAAGCGGCCUUCCCCAGCUGGUGUCGGAGUGCGCGGCCCUGGAGGAGUUCAUCCACGAGGGGUUCCUGGUCGGAGAGGAAGGCUACUGCCUGACCUCGCUGCAGAGCGCCUUGAGCUGCGUGGAGCUGCUCCCCACAGGGCCCUGGGCAAGCAAUGGGCGAGGACGUGACCCGCCGGUGACCGAGCCCCCAGCGCCGGGGGGCGGGGCUCUGCACCCCUGCCCUCACCCCACCUCUGCUGCUGUGGGAAGGGGCUGAGCUGACCCCACACCCAGGACUCUCCCCCAUCCGGCCUCUGAAAGGCCCGUGCAGGAAAGCCAGAGGGAAUCCCGCCCAGGCCACCUCGCUCCACUCGACCCGGUGGCCGCGGGUGGGCCAGUCUGGUCCGCCUCUGUCCCGUCCCGUGACAGUCCUCAGCGUCUGAGCCCGUUUCUUGCUGGAGUCAAGAGGCGAACCCACUACUCUGUCCCCAGAGACCACGGCCAGGUGGCUCAAAACUGCUCUUAUUUAUUGGGCGCUGACCACCCUCCCCUGGGGGCCAGUCUGCCCUCCCCUCCUUGACAAUUCCCACAACCCUGUCCAGGUUGGUGUGGCCUGAGCUCAGCAUGUGGCGUGGCGAGCGGUCCCCUGCCCGCUCCGUCACGCGCCGACAGGCGCCACUGAGCACGCUGCAAAUAAAGAAGUCACAGUGUCUGCCAGCAGCUCCUCACGUCCUGCGCUCCGGCGGGGUGGGCCUGGCCACACAGACCCCGCCUCUGCUGGCCGGCAAGAGCCAGAGGGUCCCAGAGACCACUGGUGACAGUGAGGAUGGUGCUGGGGUUGACCGUUCCAGGGGUCACAUGCACCUCCAAACCAAGCCUGCCCCAACCUGCGCUGCACAGGACCCCCUGAGGCUGCUCACCCCACCCCUGCCCCGGGAAGGGCAGUCUGCAGGG